AUGGAGUUUCCAUUUUUUCAUGGAAAGAUAACAAGAAAAACUUGUGAAGAGCUGCUGACCAAGAAAGGAAAGAAUGGUAGCUAUUUAAUACGGGAGAGUGAAAGCGUAGCAGGAGCCUUGUGUCUAUGUGUUUUCUUUGAAAAACUCAUCUACACUUACCGUAUCUUCAGGGAACACCAAGGGUAUUUUAGAAUACAGACUUCUGUAGGUGUUCCAGAGAGGAUCUUCAAAAAUUUAAAGGAUUUAAUAUACACAUACGAAAAGCCAAACCAAGGACUAGUAACAAAUCUUCGUUACCCAGUCAAGAAACCAAAGCUGCCACAAAAAAGUUCAAGGUUCAAGUCAGCUACAGAUAAUGUUUAUGACGAAAUUGAAGAGGACGAUUAUGUUGACGUCCUACCCUGAAUGAUCUGCAACCUGAUGACUUAGAAAGCUGCACUUUCAGACUAUGCCACAACACAACAGAACAACUGGAGACAGUUAUCAGCAGGACAUUCUUAGGUGUGGAUCUGUACCUCUGGAACUGGCUUCUUUUGGAGCCUAUCAGAGCAACUACCCAGUAGAUC